AUGGCAGAUUCAGAGCAUUCUUCGUCCGAGGAAUCUCUCACCGGUUUUCAAGAGGUAAGCAGUAAAAAAUCUGGUACUGAAUUGUCCAAAGACGAAGAAGCCCUGGUGAUUAGAAUGUACAACCUGGUUGGUGAGAGGUGGUUACUGAUAGCUGGGAGAAUCCCUGGAAGAACUGCAGACGAAAUUGAGAAAUACUGGAAUUCUCGAUAUUCAACAAAUGGUCGUACACUCGCCAACUACAACAUCCAGAAGGAAUCUACCCUCCACCUCAUCCUCCAUCUCUGCGGUGGCGCUAAGAAGCGCAAGAAGAAGACCUACACCAAGCUUAAGAAGAUUGAGCACAAGAAGAAGAAGGUAAAGCUAGCCGUACUCCAGUUCUACAAGGUUGAGGAUUUUGGCAAGGUACAGAGACUGUGUAAGGAGUGCCCAAAUGCUGAAUGUGACGCCAGAACUUUUAUGGCUAAGGGAGUUUCGACGGGUAUUUUUUGA